AUGGCAUACGCUCCGGGUUCUGGAGGUGGUGGAGGAGGAGCGCCUCCAGGACAACAGAUGAUGUCACAAAAUAUUUCUGCAGAAGCUUAUCUUCGAUUAUCACAAGUACAACGAGAGCAGCUCAAUCAACAAAGGAUACAAGCACAACUGCAAACGAAUGGACCUGGAAGCUUGGGACAACAACCACAACCACAGCAGCCGCAGCAACAGCAGCAACCACAAAUGCAGCACGUUCAGCAGCCACAGCAACCGCAGCCAGCACCCACGCCGGGUCAGCAGCAGCAACUACAGUUGAAUGCACAAUUGCUGCAAGCACUCUCCUCACCACAAGGACAAAAUAUUGUGAACAUGCUUCUGAUGCAGCAAGCGAUGCAAGCACAACAAACUGGAGGACAGACACCGCAGCAGAUUUUGCAGAAUCAUUUGGCUCAGCAGCAAGCUCAACAGCAGGCUCAGCAACAGGCUCAAGCUCGAGAACAAGCCCAGCAGCAGGCCCAACAAAAUGCUCAACAAAACCAGCAGCAGCAGCGUGCCCGCGAGCAAGCUGAGCAACAGGCUAGAGCACAACAACAAGCCCGAAUACAAGCCGAACAGCAAGCUAUCACAACUCGGAUAAUUCAAGAACACCAAGCUCAACAUAACACUCAGCGAGAGCUUCUCAAUCAAAAACACGCUCAGGAACAACAGCAGUUGCAAAUUCAAAAUAAUCAACAGAUACAACAAAUAUCAGCUAUGCAAAAUCAAGUUGAUCCUAAUGUAAGGUUUCAUCAGAAAAUUCAAAAUUUGAAAUUAAAAAAAAAAAAUUUUCAGAUGUUCGGUCAACUUGUCCAGGCACUGCACGCGCAGAUUAAUCAAAACAACACAACUUUGCAAAAUCAACAACAAGAGCAGCUUCGGCAGUUGCAACAGCAGCAUCAGAAUCAACUGGAACAGGCGCUUCGACAAGCUCAACAGCUCGUGAAAAACCAACAAGAGGAAGCCGCUGUUCGACAAGCUCAAGCUCAAGCUCAACAAGCGGCUCAAGCUGCCCGAGAGCGAGCAACGCCAGCACCUACUCAACAGCUGACUCCACAACAGCAGCAGUUGCAGCAACUGCAGCAGCAACAAGCCCAGCAUCAACAACUCCAGCAGCUCCAGAUGCAGCUAACUCUACAACAUCAGCUUCAACAACAGCAGCAACAGAGAGCACAGCAAGGAGCUCUACAAAGACCAUCGGUUGCUUCGACACCAAUGCCACCAGCUGCUACUCCAGGAAUUGAACAAAUCGCUCAAUUGCAACAACUUCAGCAGCAGCUUUUGCAACAGGCUCAAUUGCAACAACAAAAUCUUCAACAACAAGCUGAGCAACAGGCACGCCAACAACAAGCUGAACUUGUUGCCCGCCAGCAAGCCGAACGUGAAGCUCGUGCAAAAGCUGAGCAGGAAGAAAAGCUGAAAGCAGAGCGUGCCGCACAAGAAGCCAGGGAGCGAGAGCUAGCUCGUCAACGGGAGCAACAAAAUCAGCAACCACAAGGAAGAACCGUGUCGCAAGCGUUACAGUAUAUCCAAUCGAUGCAAAUGCAAGCAGUACCCGAACAGGGCACCUCAAAUAGCGCAGCCGAACCAACGCAAGAAGAGCGGUUGGCUCAGAUGCUCAACGAGCAGCAGCAGCAAAUGUUGCAAAAUCAGGCACGCGAAGCGCAGCACCGUCAAAUGCUUAUCUCAUCGACACCAGCGCCAAGAGGUGGUCUCACUAUGGGAACACCAAUUGCAAUUGCAAGACGUGAAGAGCCGGCUCCAGCUCCUGCGGCUCCCAGCACUUCAGGGGUGACGGCGGCAUCACGGGGUAUCGCAGAACGCACGCCAAUUGCAGUGCAACCUAUCAAACAAAAUUCUAACCCGGCUAUGCUACCAUCCUCCUCAUCCUCCUCGACAUUCGCGUCGCGCAGCCAUCAGAUUUUAGCACCGUCGCUCUCCAAAUCGUUUGAGCAGCCCUCAUCAUCGAAGACAUCGUCCGGCAACGAGUCGAUGUCGGACCACAUCAGCCGUAUCAUCUCUGAGAACGAAGUGAUUCUUCAAGGAGACCCGGUGAUUCGCAAAAAGCGGCCGUAUCAUCGCCAAAUAGGUGCGCAAUCCUCGGUCGAUCACGACAGUAAUAGUGGUGGCUCUACACGGACUUCUCCCGGACCAAACAACAGAAUGUUGCAAGCAGCCAGUCGGAGCCAAAGUCUAUUUGAACUAAGCGGAUCCCGACAGUUUAUGGGAAGUCUAACUAGUGGUCAACCAUUGCUACGACAACUUCAAACCCAAAACGAUCCAAAUUUCACCCCGGAAUGUGUCUACUGCAAGCUCACUUUCCCCAACGAAGCUGGUCUUCAAGUUCAUGAGCAAGUGUGCUCCAAGAAGAAAGAGUUGGAGAAGGCUCAACAAGCGGAGAAUCAACAUGCUGCUCUCAAACGCCGCCAUACUCAUCAAGAUGCCACUUUUUCAAUGCACUCGCCAAUGGGAGCUCGUACGCCGUCAAAUAUGCCAGGGCCCUCGGAUCCGAUAAAACGGAUAAAAGAGGAUUCAAUUGAGUUGAACAAUUUUCCAUCAACAUCCGCUGAACCAUUGGUUGUCAUCCCAAGACCAAUGACAAAAGAGCGCGAACUGCAAAUGAAUCAAGCAAUGGGUCUUGCUGCAAUAAUUCCACCAUUUCUCCAAGCAUAUCUCGCCACAGCAAUAAUGAGCCAAACCUAUACACUUACGCCUGGAACUCUCAAACACAUCUAUGACACGUACAACAUGUCUCCUCUUGCCAUACAACAAUUCCUUCAAUCUGCUCAAGCACUAGAAGUAACCCAACUGAAUGAAAUGAUUGACCAACUUGAACGAACAUAUCAAGCCGAUUUGCACACCGAAAUUAUUCAAACUCUCCCAUCUUGUGAGGUCGAAAUUCGAGAGAUUGCAAAACAGCAAGAAGCAAUGAGCCAAGGAGUGCAACCAGAGCUUUUGGUAGCGACGACAUGUCUUCUUUCUCACUCAAGUGGAGCUCGAAGAAUUCAUACACGAGACCAGGAGUUUACAUUGAUCAAGUAUCAUCAAGCAGAUCGAACUGAGACAGUGGAACACGAACUUCGAGCUUACUACUCGUUGGAAGUUGUUAAUCAACGAUUUGUGGCUGAUAUGCGAGAACUGAAUCGCCUUUUAGAAAUGGCCGAUAAACUUGUGCAUCUGCUGAGAUCAGACCCCGUUGGACAAACGUCGUCUCUUUAUGUAUUUGCUUGUGAACAGGCAACAAGUUUGAAGUACUUGCUCCGAUCUUAUGGAAUGGUUCAUUUGACAAUUGUUGCCAAUGUCGCCGAAAGGUUGGGCAUUGCAUCGCUGAUAGAUAAUGGACAAUUCAUAAUUAAUGCUCCGGAACAAGAGGAGAUCAAAGAAGAAGUCGAGAUGCCGAAUCCUGCAGUUCCGUCAGGAUCAGAAGGAGCGGCAGGAGGAACCGUCGCUUUUAACGGGAUGAUAAUCAAAGAAGAAGUCGUGACACCACCCCCACAAAACUUCCAAGAUGACGAUGACGACGAUGAUUGUAUUAUUGAAGUCAUCGACAAGGAUCAGGAACGUCGGAUACGGAUGAAUGCAGCCGCCCAAAAAGCGGAGGCGGAAGCCCGUAUGGCUUUAGUUCCACAAAAUCAGCAAGAGCAGCAAGUGGUAAUGAAUCGAAUGACUGGAGUUCCAUUUAUGGUGAAUUCUAUCGGCUUUGCACAGAAUGACAUUGGAAUGCCUGGUCCAAGUGGGCUCAAAGUAAUUGAGGAUUCAAAAAACGGGAUACUUGGUGGGAUGGCAACCGACCAGGACAACAAAUAUGGGAUUGCUAUGAAACAGGAGGAGGUGGAAGUUGUUGCACGAACGCUACCGCUAAACAUUGAAGAUCUUCGUUUAGAGCCGCAGAGAAGUGGAGACACGGAUAAACCUUAUUGGCUGGUGAUCGACGGCAACAUCGGUGGCCGUCCGUCCUUCAUGGCUCUUCCUUCAACCGCGUCGCGCACCAAUCGCACGACAAGCAUCACCUCUGAAACCUAUACAACUGUGCCACGACAACAGCCGAUAUUUGCUGAACAAGACGGGACGCAUUCAAUGUAUGCAAACUGGGCAAAGCCAGUUCAUAACGAUGUGGAAACUAAAAUGAAUAUAUCAUUCAUGGGAAUGGUCACCCUGAAGAAGCAAACAGGUCAUCACAAGUUCUGGAAAUUCACAACGGCAAACAAAGAGCUUGGGAACUAUCGAAUGACACAUUCGUCAUUUUGGGAUAUCAGCACAAAGAUUCGGGAUCGACAGGCCUCGAUGAGCGAGGACAAACCAGUGGAGGAGCCGGACUACGAUGCAAAACUCAUUGAUAGAUUAGUUGGAGGUACUUAUAAUAUUUCCGAUGUACAAAUUGCAACCUCUGCUCCAGUUUCAAUGCCAAUGAUUGUGGCGCCAGAGAUGGCGACAGCUGCGGGACCAAGUGGAAUAGGUGGUGGACCCAGCACUUCAGAUCAGCCGCUGAUGAUGAGAUCUCCUCGACCACCGACUCCGCCGCCAAAUGUCGUGCUUCCACCGCCACCAACACCACCACCUAUUCCAGCAGCGGAAAACUACGAACCAAUGAUCGUAGACGAGGAAAAUGAAGUCAUUCCAACCAGUGUCGUACUAACCGCUCCUGUUGAUGUGCCAGUUAAACAUGAGCAAGAGUAUCCGAUGGAGGUGAAAAUUGGAGAAUCGUCGGACGAAAGACCCAGCGGAAUCAUCAUUGAUGAUGUUGGCCGUUUCAGAAGCGCCAAUCGCCAUAUGAAAUAUGUGAGCCGGAUUCGACCAAAACACGAGCAGAUUAUUGGUGGCCAUCGCACCGACGAGGUCUAUGUGUAUGUACGUGGUCGUGGACGUGGAAGAUAUAUCUGUGAUCGAUGCGGAAUACGGUGCAAAAAGCCAAGCAUGCUGAAAAAACAUAUCAAUUCUAACCUUUUUUUCAGAUCACACACCGACAUUCGCGCUUUUAACUGCAACGCAUGCAAUUUUUCGUUCAAAACCAAAGGCAACCUGACUAAACAUCUGAGCUCAAAGACCCAUCAACGGCGUGUUUCUAAUGCGAACGCUGGAAAUGAGAGUGACGGUACCACACAAUCUACAAGUAGCAUAAUGAAUAUGGAAGACGCAUUCAAGAUGGAGCCACUAUUCGACGCCUAUGAUGAUAACAUCUCCUCCGAUGAAGAAGAAGAUUGCGGCCACCUCAACGGCAUGCAAGCAGAGCACAAGUUCAAAUUCGGCCAGGAGCAUAUUCUCAUGGAGCGUACCGCCCAUACUCCGCCCACUCGUUGGUGUCUUGUCGAGGCUCAAAACGACCACUACUGGCCAUCGCCAGAUCGCCGAACUUGCAUGUCAGCUCCACCGGUGGCCAUGCAGCGUGAACUUGAUGACCGAGCAAUGAGUCCCGUCUCGGGUACCAUCUCUCCAUUCACCAAUCGCCGCAAUCACUCGCCGUUCUCUGCCGCCUCGCCUCGUAGUCGUCUUAUCUCCGAAUCACAGCAAAAUGACCUAUCCACUGUUUUCUAUCAAUCCGAUGAUCCCUCAUGCAGUUCACAGAAUCCCAAUUCAUUUGGCCUCAAGCAACUUCCGUCUAGCAGCAGCGGCGGCAGUGGCGGCGCAAUGAUUAACAAUGUGAAUUUGUUUCAAAAAGACGAAAUUCACAAAUGCGAACAUUGCGAUCGCACCUUCCGCAAGACGUCAGAAUUGUAUCUCCAUCAACAUACUCAUAACAUCGAGUAUCAGCUCCACAAGAAUCGAAUGUUCCAAUGCUCGGAGUGUCGGAUGCCGUUGCGUACAAAGGCGCUUCUAUCCAAACAUCUUCAUCAAAUUCAUGGUGUCAAUGUGAGUUUUAGUUUUUUUUUAUAUAAAUUUUUUAAUUUUCAGAUGGAUGAAUCAGUAACAGCUUGCAUCGACCCUUCAGCUACUACUCAAUCAGUUCUUGGCGGUCCGUCUACAAGCAAUCCUCGCUCUUUCAUGUGCUACGAUUGCGAUAUCGGAUUUCGGAAGCAUGGAAUCUUGGCCAAACAUUUGAGAUCCAAGACACAUGUAAUGAAAUUGGAAUCACUCCAAAAACUUCCUGCUGACACAAUGUCUUUGAUAACUCGGAAAGAUAACGGUGCCUGUUUGAACGAAGUGGAUACCACCGAUUGCGAGAGAGCCCGCGUGUCACUUCUCGAUGUUGCCACUGCUCAUGAGAUUCCUUCUUCUUUUCUUGUGUUUUGUUUUCCUUCUCUAAUCGCCUCUCCUCUUUCAGCAAUAGUCACGAGACUACGAACCGACCUCGACAGCGAGGAGUCAAGCAGCUCCGCCCCACAAAGCGUUGCCUUGGCUCCCGAGGUGUUGAGAGCGCUGACGGCCAACACUCUGACACCGGCGGCGCCCUCUUCAGCACCGAUAUCCUCCUCGACGCCGCCGUUAUCGACAAUACAACACAACACGGUUGUGUCCUCGUCGUCGUCGUCUUCUUCGGUGAGUGCUGUGUCGGCUACGGGCAGCCAAAGUAACGUGUCUUGCGUUAGCAGCUUCAACAACUCCACUAUGUCGCCCCAACCAACUGUGGUUCAGCAGGUGUUGUUACCAACAAUCCCUCUUCCUCGCUUCCCGUCGGAAUCGUCCUACACGCGCUCCACAAAGAGUCCAACGGAGGAGGAGGGCACGAGCUCAAUCAAGCGAUCGUCGAACAAUUUGCCCAAAACCAUUCUUCGCAUUUCGGAAGUGCCAACUGUGUUUCCAACCAACCUAGUGAGCUCUCACUCUUUCCUUCUGUCCCUUACUUCUAACUCUAAAACUGAUUCGUCAUGUCCAUCUCCAUCUCUUGCCAACCAUGUUCAUUCCCAUUCUGCGAAAACAUCACCGUCACCUGCAACAACGCAUUUUAUUCAUCGCAAACGUUCGGAGUCUUCAAUAAUGGGACACACGGGCCCAACCAUCGCCAAACAGACACGUGUCUGGAAUCCACCACCACCGGAGCCAGUGUUCACAUCGCAACCCCUGCAGACAGUCUUCGUCCCACCAGAAAAACCGAAGACCCCCGAGACCCAAUCGCAGUCGAUUCGUCCAAACUGUAAUAGGCCGAAACCAAUUCCGGACAAUACUAAAUGUAUGAUUUGUCAUGAGCAGCUGGCAAACCCCAUUGAGCUUCAGGUUCACAUCCACGUCGAUCACUUUCAAAUAAGAGAUGGAGCUGAAUUCAAAUGCCCACGAAACAACUGCGGGCUGAAUUAUGAGACUGUAGAUUGCCUACGCGCUCAUGUCAAGGCUCAUUAUGAGAAUGAUCAGAAAAUGUUACUCGAAGAACAAAAUCUGCUCGCUGAUGUCUCUGUUAUAAUCCCAUCACAAGCAAGCUCACCAAAAGUAGAACAGAAGUUCACAACUCCUUUCAAGCUGAUUUCCGAUCAUCAUGAGAUCUACAAUCCUGGACCAUCGACGUCUACUGCUCUGCCACCGAAGACUUCGGACUAA